GAUCGUAUGAGUAGCGCGUCUUGCUCUGCUUCACGACGUGACACAUCGAUCUAGGAUGGGCGAGACCAGCAUCAGAAGAGAUGACAGAGUGACGGAGGAAACGACAGUGUUUGGCCUCAUUCACGAGCUUCAGGAAACUAUAACUCAGUCCAUCGAUACCGCCCUGUCUUGGGACCAGCUAAACUCCCCACCUAUCAACUACACUCUGGUCAGACCGCUGGUCCAUCGAUUAGUACAUGGCUCACAUGAGCUGACUGAGGAUGAUGCUGGUCUCUCAGUCAAUAAUCCGAUCACCGGGGAGGGAUUCAAACGACCCCUUGCGAGCCAGCUUCUGUCCGUCUCUCGAGCGGAUGGUGAAGAGUCUGGGAAGAGUGCGACUGGCAAGAGUCGAUCAGUACAUCGAGAUCUGGUACCUCCAGGACGUAAUUUGUUCGCUCUCAUGACUAACAGACUCCAAUUCCUCAACCUUUGUGCCGCGGAUCUCAGUGCAGCACCACUGCAAUCUUCUCGAGCGAAUUUUUGCGAGCUUCUAGCGAUGAAGAUCCUCCGCGCUACAUUCCAUGACGGUGAAGAGGCGGAGUACGUCGGGGAGCUGGUCAUGGCGUUCUCAGCGUUCGAUGGAGCUCCCAGUGAAGUCAUCAAGUCUCUCGGAGACGAGAAGGUUGAAUUGGAGCAUGUCAAAACCAGUGCUCUAGAGCUUGCAAUCGUAUCCAAGGCCAAACACUUCCUGUCCCAAUCCUUGAUCCAGCACCUCAUGAACGAGAUAUAUCACGGCAACCUUGUCUAUUCGCCUCACAACUCCUCGAAAUUGAUAGACGACUCGUACGUUUCUGAAAGGAAUCGUGACCGUCGAUCUCAAUCAGCUUCACGUUCGCCUCGUUUCGGUCCUUCAGCUUCUCCUACUCGUCCAGGACACACCCCGAUCACUGACCAGGCUUCGGGGCCUGUUCUGGAAGAACUCGCAGAAGUGUACAUCUAUGAUCCUCAUCGAGCAGGGUGGCUGGAUCAUCAUCGACUCAGGGUGCCAAAGUGGAGGAAGUGGCUCGAGGUAUUGGAAUUCGCUAUUCUGCUGGCGUUAUUUGUAACGACUCUUGCUUUCAAACGAUUGGAUCGACCGAAUGUCGUUGAGAUUGUCAACUUUGUGUAUACCCUCGGCUUCAUGCUGGACGAAUUCGCAGCAUCGAAAGAACAUGGAUGGACUGUUUAUUUAGCCAACGCGUGGAAUGCCUUUGACAUGACAUACAUUGCUAUAUUCGUUAUGUACCUAGCUCUGCGGAUAUUUGCCCUUGUCUCACAUUCUCCGCAAAGCUCGGAAUUGGCAUUUGACAUCCUAGCGAUCGGCGCAUGUGUCCUCUUCCCGCGGCUCAUGUUCUUCUUGAUCAAGGACAACGUCGUCAUACUCGCGCUCAAAGCGAUGAUCGCUCGAUUUAUAGGGUUCAUGGCGCUCGUCAUCGUCGCUUUCAGCGGAAUUUGCUUCUGUCUCUGGACCCUUGGCAGAGGGACUUGGACCGUCAAGCAGAUUACCUGGCUCAUGCUACAGAUUUGGUUUGGAUCUUCAUACCUCGGCUUUAGCGCGUCUGAGUCAUUCCAUCCCUUGUUUGGUCCCAUCAUUCUCAUCUCAUACGCGGCCCUAUGUAACACUCUUCUCAUCACUAUCCUGAUCUCCAUCUUGUCAAACCAAUUUGCGGAGAUCAACGCGAAUGCUCAAGAAGAGCAUCUCUAUCAACGAGUAGUCAAGACUGUCGAGGGAGUGAAAUCUGAUUUUGUCUUUUCGUACCUUCCGCCUAUCAAUUUGGUUGCUUUCGUUCUUCUUGCGCCGCUCAGCAGAAUAUGCAAACCGCGGACGUUGCAUCGCAUCAACGUCUUUGCUAUCCGAUGUACAUCUUUUCCAAUCCUGAUGGCCAUAUCAGGAUACGAGAGAUGGUCUUACCGGUCCAAGCGUAUUCACCUGUAUGGUGGAAUAGACCACUCUCACUCUCCAGGUUUCCUUGAUACAUUCCUUGGACCUUCAUCCGAAGCUCAACUUUUGUCAGUCUUUGAGUGUUUACCUCCAAAAUCUUACGCUCGGUCGAGGUCCCCGGGAGCGCCGGAAACGUCAACAGCACGACCGCCGCAGCCUCGUGUGGACGGCUCGAUCAUUCAGGAGAGCCCACUUGCCAGACUCUUCGGUCAUUUCCCGUCAUUCGUGGACUCUGGCGGCGGAAGUUCUGACGCGAAGGGCAGGAAUGAAACAUCUCACAAUCUCAAGGACGAGAUCGAACAAGUCCGCGAGAGUCAGUUGAGGAUCGAAGAGCUGUUGGCCAAAUUCGUUUCCUCAACCAACGGGCAAAGCUAGUAGGAGGACGAUCAAACCCA